AUGGCAGAUUGGAGAAAUCAAACUUGCACAAGUGAUUUUAUCCUUCUGGGCUUUUCCGAAGGACGGGUGAUGCUUUCUGUUCUUCUGGUUAUAAUGUACACGAUGAUUCUGAUGGGAAAUUUUGCCAUUUUUAGCAUUAUUCGAGUCGACUGCCAUCUCCAAACUCCUAUGUACUUUUUUCUCAGUUAUUUGUCCGUUUUAGACAUUUGUUACUCGACAGUUACUCUCCCUGCCAUGCUCUUCAACUGUAUUACUGAUAACAGGAGGAUUUCCUUCAGAAGGUGCUUUACCCAGCUGUAUUUCUUUGUGUCCCUUGGAGGCUCUGAGUGCCUCCUUCUAGCAGCCAUGGCCUAUGACCGAUAUGUGGCCAUCUGCAACCCCUUGCGAUAUCCUAUCAUCAUGAACAAGAAACUCUGUUCUCAACUUGUUGCUGGAUCCUGGUUCAGUGGGUUCUUGAACUCUGUCCUUCAUACUUCCAUGACAUCUAGACUGACCUUUUGUGAAGCCAGGAGUGUCAACCACUUCUUUUGUGAUGUCCCCCCGUUGUUAAAAGCCGCGUGCGCUGAUACCCACACCAGCCAGCUGUUAUUGUACAUUGUCAGUGUUUUCCUGGGGAUGACACCAUUUGUGUUUGUGGUUAUCUCUUACAUACGUAUCAUUUCCUCGAUCUUGAAAAUCCGAUCUACUGCCGGCAGACGGAAAGCCUUCUCCACAUGUUCCUCCCACCUAAUUGUUGUUACGGUAUUUUAUGUGACGGCUAAUUUUAAUUAUAUCGGUCCAGCUCCUGGAGAAAGCUUUGAUAUAGAGAGACUUUCCACCAUGCUCUAUAGUGUUCUAACGCCUUUGUUCAAUCCUGUUAUCUACUGCUUUAGAAACAAGGAAGUUAAGAAAGCUCUGAAAAGGAUCUUAUGUUGGAAUCCGGUCCCAAUUGAAGUAUAA